AUACUUCAGUUGGCUUUGAGCCGUCGAGUGGAUCAGUCGGCAGUAGCGGUUCUUGUCGAUUUUCCUUGUUUGUUCAGUUCUUGAUAGCGUGGUUUUAAUUUAUCCACCCACUUUUUCAGUUUAUUCCUUCUUUCUCUGAGUUUCUUUAGAAAAACGAUUGUUUCAGAGGAAUUGAGUCUUUCGAUUCGAUUUUUUUACAGAUACCGUGCUGUGUAUGUGUGGUGUGUGCGUGCCCGUUGAGUUUGCGCCCUUAUCUCCCUACCCCAAGGAAAAGGAAGCCAGCCCCCACACACUAUUCCACCGCCAUUUUUGUGCUCUUGGGGUCGUCCAGCAACGCCCGUCUUUCCCAAGUAUAGAGAGAGCGAGAGAGAGAGAAGAAAAAGCUGGUGAAGCAAAAUAAAAGGAAGGGGAAGCCAUCACCAAACGAAAGACGAAGAAGAAAAAUAAAAUGGAGUCAGGAGACGAAGCCAACAACGAUACGAAGGGUAGUCAUAGCGGCAAGACAAGUGCAACGACUGAAGGCAACAGCAGCUCUACUUCAAGCAACAAUCACGGCCGCCCUCAUCAGGUCGUGGAUAAUACCGAUGCGGCGGUCAGUGCAGGUGCUGGGACUUGCCUGUGCGGCCAUCGUUCAUCUGCAGGAGGACCAUCGCAUUUUUCAUCUGAAUUGCCGCCCCUGCCAGUCAUUUCGUUGACGGUGGCUCCCACCACUGGCGGCCAAUUUGAGCUCAAAGUCAGCAAGCUCGAAACGAUUGACAAUUUGAAAAAGACUAUCUCCAAGCGUCUGAAAGUGCCCAAAGAACGGAUAUGUCUCCUCUGGAAAGAUAGACAUUUAAGGGAUGGAACACUGCGGGAGCAUGGAGUUUGUGACGGAAGUCGAUUGACGCUUUUACCCAGCGUGGAAACCGGUUUGUUGACUCAACGUCCGGAACAGAGCGUGAUGCAAGCACUGGAAAGCCUUAACGACAGCCAGGUGAACGAUUUUCUGUCGGGCAAAGCGCCAUUAAAUCUGACAAUGCGCCUGGGUGAUCACAUGAUGUUGAUUCAGCUUCAAUUAUCGGCUGUGGCACCCACUGCCUCCUCCUCGGCCCACCGACGCCCAGCCGUCAGCCAUCAACCAUCGACCUCAUCGACCAGCAGUCGAACAUCUUCCUCUACAUCGUCGGCGGAAACUAGCAACGCCUCAGCCAGUUCUGCUGCUCCACUGUCCAGCACUUCUUCGUCAACGGGUUUGUCGGCCAUGUUGAAUGCUCCCCUCCGCCAGACGUUACCCACUCCACCUCCAUCGAGGGCUCCAUCCCCUUCACUUUUGGCUGCAGCAGCCAAAGCAGCUUCUGCAUCAUCGAAUCCAGUUUCGGUUCCGUCAUCCACUUCGGCGGCUGUUCCACCCGUCGUCAAAUCGGAGAAGCCAUCACCUCCACCGACUGCUAGCAGUAGUGGAUCAGCUGUUCCCCCCGCCGCCGCUGUGGGUUGUGGCGUGGCGGGAUGCGUCGGAUGCGAAACGUGCGACAUGCGGCCCGUGCUGGACACGCGAGCUCUCGCCGAGGCUUCACGCAAUCUGACACAGACUCUUAAACAGCUUUCGUCUGAAGUGCUCACCUCCAGAAGCACAAAUGAAAGCAGCGGACGGAGUCGUCGUCGUCAAGGUGCCAUUAUUGAAAGUAUGCAUCAUCACGGCAAAGGUGUCUACUCGGGCACUUUCUCAGGUACAUUGAAUCCAGCUCUGCAAGACCGUCAGGGCCGCCCAAAACGCGAUAUUAGCACGAUUAUUCAUAUUCUCAACGAUUUGCUAUGCGCCACACCUCAAUAUCGUCGCGUGUUGAACGCUCACGCUGCAGCAGCUGCUGCUGCCGCCGCCGCCGCCGCCGCUGCUGCUGCAGCCGCUUCUGCAGCAACCACGUCAUCGACUUCCGCUCAGGCUAGUACAGCUGCCAAUCAGGCCGUGCCUGCCACUGGCCAGCAGAUUCCAACUCCAAUGGAACAGGAUGAGACGGACAUAGCCGCAGCUGCAGCUCAAAUGGCAGCCGCUGCGGCUUUGCAUCGCAAGACCCCGGAAGAAACACGUCGCCUUGCUGAAGAAAAUCAAGCCACACGAGGCAAACUGGAACAACUGCGUAUGGUGAUGGAAGAGCGUCGUGCCCGUCGAAGGGCUCGCCGGGAGGCAAGAGCCGCUCCUUACAGCACGGGCACAUGGUCAUCUAAAAACGGCGGAGGAGCUGCUGUAGCCGCUUCCGCAUCUUCCUCGGUCAAUGCGUUGGCCGGCAAGGCUGGGUGCGGUGCAUCGGCAUCAGCUUCGGCCGGAUUUGCUGGCGGAGUUCAAGCGAAUGCUGCCCACGCCACAGCAGCAGGAUCUCUGGAUUGCGAAGCGACUGCCGCUGCCGCCUCUUCCGACAGUAGCAUGGACACGAGUGAUGCUAGCAGCACAGCUGAGCUCGUACGCGAACUCAAUACGGAACCAGUGGUCGCGUGAUUAUAUUGACGAUGCAUGACGAUCCCAAUUUUUUUUUUUUUUUUUUAUAUUUGAUAUAUUUUUUUUUUGGCAAAUCCUUCCUCGGAACUACAACAGUUUACUCGCUGCGAUGACCUCCCAUACACCUCCCUCCCGUCUGUUUAGAAAGAUGAUGUGUAGAUGAGAAACUGCUUGUGCCAGAUUCUAUGAUGAGCCACCAGAUCGCGGUGUCCCGCAUAUGUUUUUUUUUUUUUUCUCCUCUAUUUGAAUUUUGCAGAGGGAAAAUGGCCUGAAAUUUAAGACUACGGGAGAGAAACUUUGGACAUGAGAUGACCCACCCUCGGGAGUUUUCUCCUUUUUUUUUUUUUUUUUUUUUAUAAUAUUAUUUGUCGUCUUCUGUAAAUAACCCCCGCGCACUGUGUGUAGAGUGCUGUUUUCUCACUAGAAGUGUUGGAACGUCGGCAUACUUCGUGCUUUCCCUUCCUCCUCGUUCGUCAUCAGGCGGCCCUAAAGAGAAAUGUUUCUUUUUUGGACGAUUUGAUGAUCAUUAUUCUAUAUUUUUUUUUCCUAUCGAUGUCAUCCGUAUGUGCACUAAGCCACGUCCUCUCCCAUCAAAAAGAGAGACUUUCGCCAUUUGCGUGUUUUUUUUUUUUAUUCCCUUCCCUCAUUUGAAUUCUUCGUGAAUUUUCAAACUUUUUUUGUUUUCAUUCUUUUUUUCCUCCUGAAUCCCACCGUUGUAUGUCUGUCUUGCGUGAUUGGGUCGUUAAUUUAGUGUAAUUGCGUUUUUUUUUUUUUUUUUUCUUUUUUGGGAGAAAGCCCAAAUUCAAUUUGGUUCCAUUUAAAACGGGAAUGAAGACGAUGACGGCGGUGGCAAUGACUGAUUGUCAGUUGAUGUCCGCAGGUCUAAAUUUUAUAUACAUAUUAUAUAGAUAUAUACAUGUCUUUUGUGCGCAGUGUGUACCCUCCUUCCUCUUAUAACAAUUUUCCUUCUUUCAAAAAACAAAAAAAAAAAUGUCAUCCCAAGAAGAUGGUUUAAGGGAUGCGAAAGCAGGAAUAUGUUUUUCGUGACCGUGCGGGAUUAAUCUCGUCUUGGCUGCAUUUGUUGGGUUGUCUUGUUUGGAGCGAUAUGUUCAUUUAGGAUAAUUUUAAAAUUGUGUUCCCCUCAAUUUAUUUUUUUCCCCUUUUUAUUUAGAUAGAAGAUGAAAGAAACGAAAUCUUUCAGUUAUAGGUGAUUAAGGUUCAAUUGUCGACUAAUUGUUUGGCUUCCCACCUUUCUUAUUUCUUUGGUAUUCAUUAUUUGUGAGCAAAGGGGAAAAAAUAUGGGUCUUGAUGUCUUGAUUUUUAGUAUGUAUUCUUGAGUACCAUUAGAGACACUGGCUUGCAAAAAUGUUUUUGAACUCUUUAAUUUAGGCAGAAAUAUGUGUUGGUUUUGAUGGAGAUGUUUGCGGACGUCUGAGGUUGAAUUUGAAAUAGAAAGGAAUUAAAGUCGAAGAAACUUUUUUGGGGGUUUAACAGUUGGCGAAUUCGAAAUACUUUGUCUCUUUAAUUGAAAAAAAAGAAGAAAUCCAUUGGCGGUCAUUUAAAUUCUCGCUUCUGAUCCUUCCCUAUUUCCCCUUUAGUGGAUUUUCGCUCUUUCGUCAUGUAUCUUUGGGGAUUUUUUUUUUCAUACUUGUUUACCUUAAAAGUGAGAAAUAAUUAAUAAAAAAAAAAGAUUUGUAUGUUGAAGUGAGAAAACCAAUUGAUCGCCAAUCACGGAGUGAAAUUACCCACUCUACAAACACACACACACACACAAAUCUCUCCCGAGUAAUUAAAAUAAUUCGAAUUUUUGAAAUUAUUAUUUCUUUGAAUUCCUAUAAAUUAAUAAUUUUUAUUUUCUUCAUAUUAUAAUUAAUGUCUCGUCUCCCCAUGAAUUUUCAAUGCGCGUGUGUGCCUGUCUGUGUGAUGUAACCCGUGUUGUUUUCUCGGAUCUUCUUUGAUCGGCGAUGUGAUGUCGGCCUGUUCGUUUGUUCAAGUGUCUCCCUCUGUUUGUUCUCCCUCCUUUUUAAUCUCUCUUUUCAAACUAUCUUUUUUUUUUUUUUAAUAAUUCGAUAGUAUGUCUCGAGUUUAGUAUGUGACCAUUGUUUUGGUUUUUGAAAAAAUAAGAAAAUUGAUUUUUGUUUCUUUUUUUCGUCGAAAAAGUGACGUCGCACCUGUUAAUUGCGAUUGUCGCUUUCGAAGCUAAAAAAGGCGAAAGAAACACAAAAAACCAACAAAGAUGAAAAUAAAAAUAAAUAAAAACGUA